GAAAAAUGAUUCGUUUUCACAGUUCAGAGAUCAACGAUUUCUUCCUCUUCUGAAAAACGCAAUGAUGGUUUUUUGCUAAUUUGAAUAAUUACCAGGUGUCGAGGAAAGACUGAGAGGAGUAAAGCAUUCUUUUUCGUUUUACCGCAACCACACAUGGCCCGUGUGAGAAUCGUGGGGCCCCUUUCAACGGAGAAGAGCGACGGGAGAGGUGGGGCGGCUUCGGAGGAGUGUGAAACUCGUGGGUUUCGAGAGUACGAAGAAAAGAGAGUAGAGGCGAAGUCAGAAGUCGUCGUGUGCUCGAGUAGUGCGCAGGGAAAAGCAGGAGAGUCCGGCGAUGAGUGAAACCGGCCGAUAAACCGUGUGUCGAUAGUUCGACAACCACGGGAACCGGAAGUGCACGAUCAACGACAGCGAAGAGAGCACCGAGUGCGACAAAAAUAGUGAAACGACAUGCCGGCAGCCUCCUCGAUUUAUUGGGACUCGGUUGAUUCCCAGAGAUCUUCGGGCGGAAGUUCCGGCGACGGGAGCAGCCGUCACUACGUCGAUCCUUGGGACUUGGAAAAUUAUGCUUACCUCCGACGUCACAGCAUCGCGGCACCCCCUCAACACCCCAAUCCGCCUCAACAACAAAGAUCGCGUCCACAAUACUCGCACCAACAAAAACAACAGUCUCGAGUGGCCCACAGACGAAGAUCUCACGAGCAGAGACUCGAACCGGAAGUCGAGUACUGGUACGCCCCGAGGGAACCCGUGAGAGAGCCCGGAUAUCAUGCUCCGGCUUCCGUCGAAGAAUUAUAUUUUGGAGGCUCGAGACACCGGGACGUCAAUCAAUGCUCUUACUAUCAGCCGAUUUACGACGAUCAUUUACCCCACUACGCCCCACCGCUUCCGAUUUAUGCACCCCUUUCCGAACUCGAGCACGGACGAAUGGUCGAGGAUCAACGGUUGCAAGGGAUGCUCAAACGUAGAAACAAACUGGGACGAGCCAAAGGUCACGAAAGGAAUAAAGUAGAGUGUUUUUAUCAUGGUUCGUCGACUAACAGUCGACGUGAUUCCAUCGAUGAAACGGUGCAACCCCGAUCGACAAAAGGACCAGAAGACGCGUGUUACAUGGAAGUAAUACCACCGUCGAAUUUGGGACUCAACACUUACGGUCAUCUAAAAAUCGACUACACAGACAGCUGGAAUUCCCUUCACCGAAAGAUCGCCAAGUGAAAAGCAUCCUUCGCUCCAUUUUUUCGCAUUCUAUCUUCUCUUUUCUCUAAUAUUUCUUAAGCUCUAUAUCUUUUAAGGUGUUAUCAGAAAAGUCUGCAAUUCAUUAGAUCUGACACUUCCGUUUAAAAUUCGUCGAUUUUUUUCUUUUCUCACUUUUUCGUUCCAACUCAACUUGGUCAACUUUUUCAUCAAGAUCGAAAACGAACGGAUUUAUAAAAAUAUGCAAACUCUUCGGCAUUGAUUGACACACGGUAGCAAUAAUUAUUAAUCAUUUUAUUCAUUCGAGUAUCGAGUUUCACACGAUUUUUCUUGUACAUAUACUUAAAUAUUGACUGAAAUGAAAAAAUACAUUUUUUGUUCAACCAA